UGGCCUGCCCCACCAUCGUUUCAUCUCAAGAGCCAAAAGGGGAGACCUGGCCGUCUCGUUCCCAGAAGCCGCCCAGCCCCGCCCCGCCCCCUCGUCCCUCCGCGCGUCGUCGCGCCUCGCCUCGCCUCGCGCCGCCGCCGCCAUGGGAGCGGGCGCGGCGGAGGAGCCGUCGCAGAUGCGGCGGGCGCUGGUCGACACGGCCGCGGGCGCCAUCUCCGGGGGCAUCUCCCGCACCGUCACCUCCCCCCUCGACGUCAUCAAAAUCCGCUUCCAGGUUCAAUUAGAGCCGACGGCAACGUGGGGUGUACUUCGGAGGGAUGUUUAUGGACCUUCCAAGUACACUGGACUUAUGCAAGCAACUAAAGAUAUUCUACGAGAGGAAGGUUUGCCGGGAUUCUGGAGAGGAAAUGUUCCAGCCUUGUUUAUGUAUAUGCCAUAUACAGCUAUACAAUUCACAGUUCUACACAAGCUAAAAACAUUUGCAUCUGGUUCAUCGAGAACAGAGGAUCAUCUGCACUUAAGUCCUUACUUGUCUUACGUAAGUGGGGCUAUCGCUGGAAGUGCAGCAACUGUAGGGUCAUAUCCAUUUGACCUUCUCAGAACUAUUCUUGCGUCACAGGGUGAACCGAAGGUUUACCCCAAUAUGCGGUCUGCACUUGUUGAUAUAGUUCAAACUCGUGGUGUUCGAGGACUGUAUGCUGGUUUAACUCCAACUCUUGUUGAAAUUAUACCAUAUGCUGGCUUGCAGUUUGGUUCAUACGACACUUUCAAACGUUCAAUGAUGUCAUGGAAUAGAUACAGAUAUGGAAUUGAGGAGGAUGACUCAGCAUCAAGCUUCCAGCUAUUUCUUUGUGGAUUCGCAGCUGGAACAUUUUCAAAAGCUGCAUGUCACCCACUUGAUGUUGUUAAGAAAAGAUUCCAGAUUGAAGGAUUAAAACGUCAUCCAAGGUAUGGGGCGCAGAUUGAGAGCAGCACAUACAAGGGCAUGUACCAUGCCCUAACAGAGAUAGUUGUUAAGGAGGGGUUUGGAGGCCUCUAUAAAGGGCUUUUCCCAUCGGUGGUGAAAUCGGCUCCUGCUGGUGCUGUGACAUUUGUGGCCUACGAAUACAUCUCGGACUGGAUAGGGGCCAAGGCCGGAGUCGAGUGAUUUCUUCAAUUUGAUAAAGGAGCUAACAGCACCCGCAUUCUCAUCAUCUGCGGGAACUUUCAGUUGUUUGGAGGCCGCAAGGUCGCUGGAGAAAGAAAGUGCAUACGAUCAUUCAUUGAGAGCCGAUACAUGUAAAGCCUUUUACCAUAGAGCGAGCUAUUUUGCCGUUUUCUCUUCCUUUUUUUGCCCCCCAUUGCCUAAUGUCGUGAUAGUGCAUUCCUUGAGUUGUAACAGUGAGGCUGAGUAAAACUGAUAGAGCCUGUGACUCGUGAUAAAUGUCAAGAUCAGCAGGUAUUUUUGUUGA